ACAUAUAACAAGCCCCUGUACCCCUGUACACCAGCAAGAACAGACAAAUCGAGAUGGCCUCGUAUCAAAAACACACGGACUGGGCGGCAGAUGAGGAUGCCGAGCCCGAGUUGCCACCCGAUACCGAAACCACCACUCCAGAUGGAAUAACCACUAUCAUCACGUGGAAAUUAGACGAAAAGGGUAGGAAAGUCAAACAUACUCGCAGAGUCAGACGGAAGAUGGUGACUCAGGUGGUAUCACAUGCCGCAGCUGAGAGGAAGAAAUGGCCAAAGUUCGGAGAUGAUAAAGGUAGACCGUCGGGACCGGAUAGGAAGACUACUAUUAUUGGAGAGAAUAUACAUCUGAAGAUCGGUCCAGUGUCAAAGGCCGAACCGGUCGAACAAGAACAAACUGCAAAAGCUCCCGUUGGCAAAGCAGUCGUUUGUCGUCUGUGUAAAGGAGCCCAUUUCACCGCCAAAUGCCCAUACAAAGAUCAACUCGCAGCAUUGGAGAAUCUCGAAUUGGGUGACGAGGAGCCUGCCCCGGCCGCUCCUAGUGGAAUGAGCGGUCUAGGAGCGAGGGGUGCUGGUACAACUGGGAAAUAUGUUCCUCCAUCUCAACGUGGUGGUCCUGGUGCCGCAGGAGGAGGCGAAUCAAUGUAUCGCAACAGAGACGAUCUCCCCACUCUCCGUGUCACAUCUCUCUCCCUCGAUGCUGAAGACGACGACCUUCGCGCCCUGUUCGAGCCCUUUGGAAGGGUGGCGCGUGCCAACGUCGUCCGGGAUCGUGAAACUCGUGUCAGCAAAGGGUUCGGAUUCGUAUCCUUUGAUAACAAGGCCAAUGCGGAGACGGCUCUCAACAGGAUGGAUGGGUUUGGUUAUGACUCAUUGAUCAUUUCAGUUUCUUGGAGUCAACCCCGAGAACAAAGACAGGGUUAGUUUGCAUAUGUAUUUCAUCGAUCCUCCACGUUUCAUCAUGCAUCAUUUGAUGAGCUGUUCG